AUGCAGACUCCUAAUCUUAACGGCGGUUCCUUUGCCAGAGAUACGUACACGGGGGUUUCUACAAGCAUAGAGAUUCAGAAUUCCGAGGAUGUCACUGGGCUGGAGAGGAUUAUGUUGGUCGCGCAGGGCGAUCUCCAGCGGCAUCUCAGUGCGUUCCUCGACCAGACAAUCACCAUAGAGUGCAUCUCCACCGAAACGGCCCUCCGCGGCACAGGCGCAUCUCCGACGAAUCCUAUUCGGCAGGAUCGUCAGGUUCAUCUCAAGUGCGGAUCCCGCGUCCUAUGCAUCGCCACGUCGUCAGUGACGCUCACUUCGCCUGAGUGCGAGCGGCUGCUCCUCGACGAGAAAUUCGCUAUCGGACAAAUCUUCCGUCAUCUCCGUGCCUACCCCAACUUCACGCUGCUCAGCGUCAGCGCUCAAGUAGUCAGCGGCAAGCGGGAGUUGAGAAGGACAUACAAGCUCGAGACCGACGGCAUCGCAUGCGAAAUUUUGGAGGUCUUCCCUGACCGUGACAUGUUCGACAAGGGAGUGGCGUGGCUGACCAGCCCAUGA